AUGAACCUCUUCGUCUUCUUCUUCGUAUACUUUAACCUCUGCUUCUACUUCUUCUUCUACGUCUACUUCUUCUUCUACGUCUACUUCUAUUUCUACAUCUACUUCUAUGUCUUCUUCUACUUCGACUUACUCGUCUAUUUCUGCUUCUACUUCUACUCUACUUCUGUUUCUGUUUCUACGUCUGCUCUUACUUUUACUUCUACGUCUAAUUCUCCUUCUACGUCUACAUGUACUUCUAAGUCUAAUUCUACGUCUACGUCUACUUCUACGAUUACAUUUACUUCUACUUCUUCUACGUCUACAUCUACUUCUACGUCUACUUCUACCUUUAAGUCUACUUCUACUUUUACUUCCAAUUUUACUUUUACUUCUACGUCUACUUCUACUUCUGCAUCUACUUCUACGUCUACGUUUACUUCUACUUCUACGUCUACUUUUACUUCUACUUAUUAUUCUACUUCUACGUCUACCUCUACUUCUACUUGUCUACUUCUACUUUUAUUUCUACGUCUACAUCUACUUCUACGUCUACCUCUACUUCUACUUGUCGUCUACUUCUACUUCUACGUCUACGUUUACUUCUGCGUCUACGUCUACUAA